AUGUCAUUACGUCAACGUUCGCUGCGACGUCGGCUCCUCAAGGACAUUGCGGAGAUUGAACAAGAUCCAUAUCCCAACAUCCGCAUUCACUUCCAGGAAAACGACAUAACAAGAGCGUGUCUUGUUCUUACUCCGGAAGGACAGAAGCCGCUUCACCUCAAGAUCCGCUUCACCGGCCGAUAUCCGCUAGUGGCGCCCAAUGUCACGAUUCAAAGCGCAAUCAUCCACCCAAAUGUCUUCAGCGACUAUGUCUGCGCCACCAUGCUGAACACCGAUGAAGGCUGGACGCCAGCGUAUACCCUCAAGGGUAUCGCUAUUCAGCUGCUGAGCUUCUUCUCUAGUGAUUCGCUGGAGCAAGACCAUGGUAAUGACACUGUUGAUCUGGCUUGGUAUCGGCGGCAAGCCGCUCAAACGUUGGGAGAAGAUGGCUUCAAGUGCUCUCUGUGUGGGUUUGGAGAAGACUCGUCACCAGUACCCGCUGGUGAAAUGGAGGUCGACUCACCUGCACCAAUUGUUGUCGCCUCACCGCCGAGCCAGCAUCAAGGAAGCCCCUCGGGGUUUUUCAGGCUACCAGAUGAGAUUCUUCUUGAGAUUCUCAGCAAUUCCAAGACCGUUGACGUCUUGGCCUUCGCCGACGCCAUUUCCUUCAUCAAGAACACGAUCAACUCCUACGACUUCAUCCGCAUUCGCGAGUUGCAAUGCUUUUGUCUCAAAGAAUCGUUCCUCAACGCCAAGCUUGGUAUUGGUAUCGCUGUGACAGGCGGUAACCGGCCGGUCUUCCGAACAGAGUUUGAUCUGUUGAGUCACGAGGCGUUCUACAAGCACCGCAUCCGACGCAGCGUUCAGGGUGUUAAAUUCGACAUCUGGCUACCUCUACCUCUGAGCCGACGCCACUGGAAUCAAGUUAGAGAGCAUAUGAUGGAUAGCACACAGUAUAUCCACAGGAUUGCGAACGUGGCGAGCCCUGAAGCUUGCUAUGUGGAUAUCUUGUAUCAUACUAUGAACACCGUUGUCGUUCAGUUCUCAUCAGAUGCGGAGAGCUACAGCGGUCCUGACGCACGCAGCACCUUGAGUCACGCGUCAGAGAAGGCCGUCGACGCGUACUUCGGUCUCUUCCACCUACUGCUAUGCCUCGCGACCGAACACUCUCACAUCACUGACUGCGCCAACAAUACGAUCAGGCGCUUCAUGGCCGGUCCGCGCAACAAGGCAAACUUCCCCGACCUCGGUCACGUUCUCAUAGCGGCUCUCAUCUGCGACGACGGCCUUACCGAGGACCUGACGUAUGGUAUUAUCGAAGAAGCCAUUAUUCGCAACGUCGUCUGGAUGCUUGAUGAGAAGGGCACUGGUAUGGCCGAGCUGGCAUACCUGGAGCCUUCCAAGGUCUCUGAAUACCGUACUAGCAAGACAUAUGCUGCCUCUCCCACCUCAUACCGCCUUAUGAUGUUCCUGAAGAUGUUCAGCUCAGCAGCUCGUCCACCCGGUAAAACUCUGGUCGAGCUCCGCGACUCAUUGUUUGACGCUCAUGGUGCUCCUCCGCCAGGUACUGUUAACGCUGGCUACUCAAUCAUGCCGUUGAGCCAGAGCCGGCUUUACCUCUUGCGACAAGAAGAGGAACGUUACGUGGAGAAGUCUGAAGAUUUGUGCAUUUCGCGGGAUGAUCAGUGGUGGUACGAGAACAACAGUUUCAGAAACCCGUCUUUCUUUCCACAUCGCGGCGGAAGAGGUGGCGGUAGAUGGGAUCGAGGCACGCGUGGUGGCAGGGGCCGUCGGCACUAG